CAGCACGGAGAGGUCCGCGGGCAGCGGCAGCGGGAGGCAGGCGGCAGCUCCUCCUUCUCCUCCUCUUCCUUCUCCUCCCUCGGCCGUGGGGUGGGUUCGGCCGCGGCAGCCGGUGUGCGCUACCCUGCCGUGCUGCGCCGUGCCGUGCCGUGCCGCGCCGCCCCCCGUGUGCGAUGGACUGGAAGGUGCUGACCAGGGAGCUCUCCCUCUACCUGGAGAGCCAGGUCCGCGUGGGGCUCUUCGGCUCUGGCGUGGGCUUGUCCCUGGUGCUGGGCUUCGGCGUCGCCUACGCCUGCUACUACCUCAACAGCAUCGCCAAGAAACCCCAGCUGGUGGCCAGCAAUGACCGCUUCUGCCGCUUUCUUGAGGAAUAUUGCCCUGUUGUGACAGAAACUUACUAUCCCACGAUCUGGUGCUGGGAAGGUCGGGUACAGACACUCCUUCGCCCCUUUAUCACAUCUAGACCCCAAGUACAGUACAGGAAUGAGCUCAUUAAAACAGCAGAUGGAGGACAGAUUUCAUUGGAUUGGUUUGAUAAUAAUGACAGCUUAUAUUAUCCGGAUGCCAGCACAAGACCCACCGUCCUGUUAUUGCCUGGCCUGACAGGAACGAGCAAGGAAUCCUACAUUCUUCAUAUGAUCCAUCAAAGCGAAACGCUGGGAUAUAGAUGCGUGGUUUUUAACAACCGGGGAAUUGCUGGUGAGGAUCUUUUGACACCAAGGACUUACUGUGCAGCUAACACAGAGGAUUUAGAGGCCGUUAUUCAUCAUGUACACAGCUUGCACCCCUCGGCUCCGUUCAUGGCAGCAGGUGUUUCUAUGGGAGGCAUGCUUCUUUUAAAUUACCUGGGCAAAACUGGCAGAGACACUCCUUUAAUGGCAGCUGCAAUUUUCUCUGCGGGUUGGAAUGUUUUUGAAUCUGUAGAAUCUCUGGAGAAGCCACUAAACUGGCUUCUUUUCAACUAUUACUUGACCACUUGUCUACAGUCCUCUAUCAGCAGGCAUCGACAAAUGUUGGAGAAAUUAUUUGAUAUGGAUCUUGUGAUGAAGGCUAGAACUGUUAGAGAAUUUGAUAAGCAGUUCACUUCAGUCAUGUUUGGCUACCGUUCAAUUGAUGAUUACUAUGAAGAUGCUAGUCCAUGUCGCAAGCUGAAGUCAGUAGGAAUUCCAGUGUUAUGUCUAAACUCUGUGGAUGAUGUUUUCUCACCAGGUCAUGUUGCAAGUUCUCUUACAAGCUUGUAAUGGCCUGGAAAUAAGAAUGGAUGGGUGACCCUAAAAUCUAUGUGCAGAUAUAAAAUCUGACUAGUGACUCUGAAGAUAAUAUUUUAUGGGUCUUAUGACCCUGGGGAUGACUUUCCCCAUCAUACUGCAAGGUGGGUGAUCUGCUGUGCCUUGUUUCUUUCAUGAAGUAUCUGAGAGAGGGAACAAUGGCUUCACCUCUAUGCUUAGCUCGAGCUUAGUUUGUGGUUUGUGUCCUGCAGUGAAAUAGUAACUGUGGCAGGAGUAAGCUACCUAGUUAGCAUGGUAGCAACAGCAGUGAACCAGACAGUGUGCCUCUGUCCCUUUUCCAGCCUAUUAUCACUGAGACUGGGACAUUUGUUAGCUAGAUAAAAGCUAGUACAGAUACUCCAUCCCCUUUUAAUUUUAGAAUACAACCUCCAUCCAGCUCUCAAGAGCCAAGUAUUGAUCCAAUCCCAUGAAGCUCAAUCUGAACAUUAGAAAACACUUUUUUUUACUGUGAGAGUGGUCAAAUAGAGAGGCAUAGAGAGGUUGUGGGAUCUCCAUCUAUGGAGAUAGUCAAAACCUCACUGGACACAGCCCUGGGAAACCUGCUCUAGGUAACCCUGCUUGAGCAGGGGUGUUGGACUAGAUGUCCUCAAAGAAGUCUCCUACAGCCUCAAAAGUUCUGCAACUGUGUAGUUUGACUAGUCAAAAGAUGAGUGCCCUAAAAUACAGCUGUAGCAGAUCUUUCCACCCUUGAAGCUGUUUUUAAAAGUAACACAACUCUUGGUGAACAGUGGGAUGGUUGCUCAUGUAAGAUUAGUAUCAAACCUAUUAUGAGAAUGCCUUAGAAGUCUUGCAGUGUAGAGGGAGGUAAGGUAGAGCACCUGCACUUCUGAAACAAGAAGUGUUAGAAUCUGUUCUAAUGACUGUCCAUCUUCUCCUAAACUCUGACCCUAAGCAGCCUUUCUCCCUGAAAAUAUUUGUGUUGUUAACCAUUCAUAUGUUCCUUGUUCACAGAGUUAAUGCUGUUAGCCAUAACCCUUUGUCCUUGUGGUGACUAGUUUCCCUUAGAAAGGGCCACCAGGGCAAUGUUGAUUUACAGCUAAUAGUACUCUAUGCGUCUAUCUUGGGUCCUUUUUCAUUUGUGCUGGGCACCCUCAAUGUGAAUCCAUGUACUGGCAGGAGACACAGAGCACCCUGAUUAGCAGCCUAGGGUUUAUGUCUGCUGCCAUUAGUUACUGGAGUUUGUUCAUCUUGACACUUCUGUGAGCUGUUUUAUGUUAGCAAACAUAAAGGGCUGGUGUUACUCUUGGAAGAGACUUUAUUCUGGCAGUGGGCUUGGUUUUUUCUGACUUAAAAAUGUGUGGAAACAUGUAAGCCUUUCACAAUCAGAGGCAAUUUCCACUCACAACUGCAUAAUGGACUCAAAGCCACAAAAUUCAUUCUCAUCCAGACCCCAGCCUUUUACUGACUUUGGCAACUGGUUAUUUCAUUCCUCAUCUCUCCCAGUAAUACCUACCAGCUUUUAAGCUACCUUCCACCUCUGUUGUAGAUAGCUGUAGUUUCCAAGAGCUGGGAAACAGGCCUAGAAAACUCAUCAGGGAGAAAGCCGUGCCAGAAUUCCUUUGUGUUUAAAUAGUCUCCAUAAAGCCAGACACAUCUAUCUUCCUGUAACAGAGCUUGAGGGAUACAAAACCAAGUCACUACACAAUGUGGACCUGAAGUUCCCUUAAAAAGUGCAGAGGCUGCCUCUGUUGCUUCUUACAACCUGAUCAUUUCUUCUUGUGUACAUUUUGGUACGCUUCGUACUUCCCAGCAGUUAUUUUUAAAUAUAUUGUGAAAAUGUACCAUUCGAUCUCAAUCCAGUAUUAGGAAGAAACAAUUAAUUUGCAUUAAUUAAUAAACAUUAAUUUCCUUAAUGUUGCUGUUUAAAAGUUCAUAGAGCUUGGCAGCUGAUGUAUCUGUAGUUUUAAUUCUGGAAUGCAGUUCUCAUAUUGCAUAAUACUAACUAAUAAAAACAAAUGCCUUCUUCAUUGCAUGACACUUUUCUCACCAUAACUAAUUUAAACAAGUCAUUGUUGCAGGAAAUAUGUAAUAAAACCAAGUCAAGACCUUUUAUUUUGUAAAUGUGAAAAAUAAAUCAGGAAGGUGGAACAAUAGCAUUCA